UGGUCACACUUUUUCUUUUAACCAAACUGUUUUUAAGAUUGUCCUAAACACUCUCCACCAAAAAAAAAAGAUUCAUUGAUUUACAUAAAACAUUUUCAAUUAAAAAUGGCUUUGAAAGUUUUAGUGGGCCAGAAGAUAAUGAACGAGGUAGUAAAGUAUAAACCAACAGUAGUAAAAAAACAAGGCUCGUCAGCAACGCCUAAAACGGGACCCGGUGGAAUAGAAUGGCGAGUUCUAGUUGUAGAUAAGCUUGGCAUGCGCAUGGUCUCGGCUUGCACUAAAAUGCAUGAGAUAAGUGCUGAAGGAAUAACAUUGGUAGAAGAUAUUAACAAAAAACGUGAGCCGUUACCUACUAUGGAUGCCAUUUAUUUGAUAACUCCUUCCGAUGAGAGUGUUCGUGCGUUAAUACGCGAUUUUGAAAAUCCAGCGCGCCCUAUGUACCGCUUUGCGCACGUUUUCUUUACAGAGGUUUGCCCAGAGGAAUUAUUUAACGAUUUGUGUAAAUCGUGCGCUGCAAGAAAGAUCAAAACUCUAAAGGAGAUAAAUAUCGCAUUUCUUCCUUACGAAUGCCAGGUCUACUCGUUGGAUUCUCCGGACACAUUUCAGUGCUUAUAUUCUCCAGCAUUUGCUUCUAUACGUGGCAAGCAUAUUGAACGCAUUGCCGAACAAAUUGCAACUUUAUGUGCCACUUUGGGUGAAUACCCCAAUGUGCGCUAUCGUAGUGACUGGGACCGAAACAUUGAUUUAGCUGCAUCAGUGCAGCAAAAGUUGGACGCGUAUAAAGCAGAUGAACCAACGAUGGGUGAGGGCCCAGAAAAGGCUCGGUCACAAUUACUAAUUUUGGAUCGUGGUUUUGAUUGUGUUUCACCUCUCCUUCAUGAGUUAACUUUGCAAGCUAUGGCUUAUGAUUUACUUCCAAUUGUCAAUGACGUUUACCGUUAUACACCAGGACCUAACCAGCCAGACAAAGAGGUGUUGUUGGAUGAAAACGAUGAUUUGUGGGUUGAGUUACGCCAUGAACACAUCGCAGUCGUGUCAACACAGGUUACUCAAAAUUUGAAAAAAUUUACUGAUUCAAAGCGGAUGAGCUCCACUGAUAAGUCGUCAAUGCGAGAUUUAUCCCAAAUGAUAAAAAAGAUGCCACAGUAUCAGAAAGAGCUAUCUAAAUAUUCUACUCAUUUACAUUUGGCAGAGGACUGCAUGAAAUCGUACCAAAACUAUGUCGAUAAGCUUUGUCGUGUGGAGCAAGAUUUAGCUAUGGGCACCGAUGCUGAAGGAGAGAAGAUUAAGGAUCAUAUGCGAAAUAUUGUGCCCAUUUUGUUAGAUGCGAAUGUGUCCAACUACGACAAAGUUCGUAUCAUCGCUCUUUAUGUGAUGAUUAAAAAUGGAAUUUCGGAGGAAAAUCUAACUAAACUCUUUACACACGCCCAAUUGUCCGCUAAAGAUCAGGAUAUGGUCAGAAAUCUGAGUUAUUUGGGAAUUAAUGUCAUUGCUGAUUCACGAAAAAAGUUGUACUCUGUUCCACGAAAGGAAAGGAUAACAGAAAGUACCUAUCAGAUGUCUCGUUGGACACCAGUAAUAAAAGACAUCAUGGAGGAUUGCAUAGAAGAUAAGCUAGAUUUGCGUCAUUUUCCUUUUCUUGAAGGCCGAGCACAAAAUACUAAUUACCACGCGCCAACGAGUGCUCGAUACGGCCACUGGCAUAAAGACAAAGGCCAGACACAAGUCAAAAAUGUUCCCAGACUUAUCGUAUUUGUUGUUGGCGGUGUAAGUAUGUCUGAAAUGAGAUGUGCUUACGAAGUUACCAAUUCAGUUCGCAAUUGGGAAGUAUUGGUGGGCUCUUCGCACGUAUUAUCUCCUGAAAUCUUUUUAAGUGAUUUGGGAAGUCUUUCAAAGGAAGAUUAACUAGUUUUAUUUAGCAUUGAAAAAAUAUAAACCUAUUUACGAUUUAGAAUUGUUUUAGAAGUUUAAUAUAUUGUACACUAUAUUAUUCUUAAAAAAAUAUUUAAAAAAUAUGCAUACUCCUAUUCAAGUCAAAUAUGCAAUUCAACUAAAGCUUUGAUGGCGUGUUGUACUCCAGUAUUUAUAACUUUCAUCUAUAGAUUAUCUUACUUAAAUUCUUUGUUACUUGAAAUAAAAUCAAUAUAUAUAAAA